AUGCUCAAGAAAUACGCCGUUGUCUUCAGUGAUGUCAUCGGAAAGGUUAAAGACAUCAAGGCUAGGUUAACGCUAAAGGAAAAUGCUAGACCUAGAUUUAUGAAAGCCAGAACAGUGCCAUACCCGCUCAAACCAAAAAUUAAAAAAGAAUUGGAUAACCUUGAGCGCCAGGGAAUCUUGACGAAAGUUAACACUAGUGAAUGGGCAACACCCAUUGUGCCCGUUGUGAAACCUAACGGUGAUGUUCGGAUUUGUGGAGACUUUAAGGCAACUGUCAAUCAAGAAAUAAACGUUGACAAAAAUCCUCUUCCACGCUUGGAAGACGUUCUUGUCAAUUUGUCUCCCGGGCAAAAAUACAGCAAGCUCGAUCUACGACAAGCAUUUCUGCAGCUUGAAUGCGACGAAGAGAGCAAGGAAUUAUUGACAAUUAACACGCACCGUGGUCUGUAUCGAUACCAUCGGAUGUUGUAUGGCGUUGCGUCUGCCCCAGCAAUAUGGCAACGAACAAUCGACCAAGUUCUGCAAGGGAUUCCCGGAGUACAGUGCAUUCUGGACGAUAUGGUGGUCACAGGUGUCAAUGACUGUACACACCUUGACAAUCUCGAAAAAGUUUUGAGCAGGUACGGAUUACCUAAGCAACUUGUUACCGACAAUGGAAGUCAGUUCAUUUCAGACGGUUUCACGAAAUUCGUGAAAACUCAUGCACGGGCACUCGCCGCGGGAGUCCACAAAAAACUUCAAGAAAUAAAUACAAGUCUACAGCUGCACCGGGAGAUAGAGCUGAGGCGCGUCUAUAGCCUUCGGUACUACCACCGACCCAGCAAGAGAUAA